UAUGGCAGGUUUUGUGUGCGUAUAUUGACCUGUGUGUGCAAGGGUAACCUUUUGUUGUCUCGUAUGGCAGUUUGGGAAGUGUGUGUUGCUGUGUAUAAUAACCUGUUUCUCUCUUUAGGUUCUGUCCUGGCGCAGGACCCAGCACGGUGUGUGUUGGGUUUAGGUGUGGAGGAACAGAGGGACUCAGUCUCCCCUCACAGUGCAGACUCCCCCAUGUCCCUGUCCAGUCCUCACCAACACUCCUCAGCCUCCUCGGUCUCCUCUCUGUCCGGGUCAGACAACGACUCUGAUUCGACGCCAUGCCCUGGCCGCCCUCCGGCACUGCCCCCCUACACCCUCCAGUCUCUGGGUAUGACUCUACCCCUGGGCCUGGCACUGGGCAAGCCUGGCAUCAACCAGCAGCACCUCAUCAUGUCCCCUGGCUCACAGGCGUGUAUGUCUUUGCCCAGUGGCCUGACGAUGCACUCCUUACCUGUCAGACAGGUGGGUAUAGACAUGACCCCCCCUACCCACCACCCUGCCCACCAUAACCCUCAUGUCCCAUCCAACCCCCAGCCUCUGUCCAGCCCCCACCCCACCAGCUACACACACCAGAAUGGUCCUAAGUUUCACGUGAAAGGCUUCCACAAUCCAGCUGUGGUCCACAGUCCCGCCCUGGCCAACCGCGCCCACACGCACCCUCUCACACACGCCCACACACACUCACACACGCAGUACCGCAACACCUGGCGCCGUCGGAAGAGGGACAGCCUGCCAGUAAGCCUGAGCAGAUAAAGGAUAAAACAUCCCCCUUUUCCUCUCCUCCUGCCUUCAUCCCUCUCUCAUUCUGACUGAUUGGGAAGACAACUUCAUGAGACAAUGCUCCCUGCUGUUCAACUUGGAGGACAGGCAGGCAGAGGCACCAGACCAGCAUUGGGAUUCAUUCAACAAUUUGGGCUGCUGAACUUUGGCCCCGAGGAGGGAAAGAAGUGUAGCUCUGGGAAAACUCUUUCUCCAUCGCUCAUCCUCUCCCCAUUUCUGCAUGUUUUUUACUGCGCAAUGAACCAACGGCCAACGAUACGGGAACGAGCAGUGCGGCUAGCGAACAGAACGCAGCGCAACCCAACGUGCAUUCUGACCCCAGAACUUUUCCGCAGCUCUCCAGUCUGCUCUUUCACUUCCUGUUUGGGAUCCACAUUUUGUUUUCUUUUUGUUAAUGUUUAUUGUUCACAUUAAUAUUAAAAUAAUGGCGCUUUGCCCAUUUUCACAUACGUUCAAGGAGGCUGAGGAUAGUGACAUCUUUGCCAGGUGGAAGUAGCGAAAGCCCAGUGUCGUGUUGUAAAUUGAGUUUAUUUUUGUUUUUUUGACUGGGUUGCGUUGUGAAGGCCUUUGUCCUUGAACCCCGCAGCCAAGCUGUAUCUUAUUCAGUGUUCACACAAUGGACGGUUCCUAAUUUGUGCAAUAAUGUGUUCUAUUUUUUUUUAAAUCUUAUCAAUCUUUAUUUAAUUUUAUUAUUCGUGUAUGUAAAGGAAUUUUGGUGUUAUGCUUUUAAGAUUGUAUUUUUUUUCCCAAGAGUUUACAAAACCUUUCCCCAGAUGGCCUCCGGUCUGGAGAGUGUGUGACGGAGUGUGUGUCUGUGUCAUGAGUGUGUGUCAAUUGGUGAGUUGUGUGUAUCUUGUUGGUGUCAAAGUAUAGUUGAACCCCCCCAUGGGUGUUUUAUAAUGUGUGAAAAGGAAGAAUCAGAAGGAGCUAAGUCACUUCAGACUACUGCAAUGCAACCUCUAUUGUUGACAGGUUAAAUGUCUGUAAUCUCACAUUGUCUCACUAGAUGGAGCUCUUACUACAGCAGAGUCACAGUGGACUGACUGACUGACUGA